UUUUGCGGGCGAAUUUUAAGGAGAUUUAUUUUUAAUCUUCAAUGAAUUAAUGUUGUUUAGGCGAAAAACCAAUAAUUGAAAAUGUCCUCAAGACCCCGACGGGCAGCUGCUGCAAAACCGAAGCUGGUAGUGGAGUUAUCCGAUUCCGAGGAGGACGAGGAGGUCGUGGAGAAUGAUGAGUACAUGCCACCAGAAACCAAGAGUCGCCGCAUCGAUCGGGCAGCAGAUGGCCUGGCAGGCGCAACCAGAAGACGUUGGCCCACAUCCAAAACUGCAGCUGCCGAGACUGCAGCGCCCAAGAGGAAACGGGCUAAAAAGGCAAAGGAAGAUGAGAACUCAUGUCCGAAUGAAAGCAAUCCCAAGCAGCAGGAGGAGGCACCGACAGCCCCAACGCCACCACCCCGACCUGUGACUCAAACUGAUGGAGCAGCAGCCAGUUCAACUACUGGACGCAGUUCCUUCUGGGAGCGGAGGAAGGUGUGGAACAUACACGAGCUCUUGGCAGAGACCGAGAACAUUCAGCCCCAGGCAGCGCGGAAUAUUGUGCAGCUUUUCGAGAAUGAGAACACCAUUCCAUUCAUUUGCCGUUACCGACGUGAUCUUGUGGAUCACAUCGCUCCAGAUCGUUUGCGAGACAUUCGUAACACCUAUACGGAAAUAGUGGAUCUGAGGAAAAAGGCCGAAAACAUUGUCAGCCAGUUGGAGCGCGAAAAUGUCUUAAAUUCUGACAUUCGGGAUGAGCUGAUGUGUGCCAAGACCAAUGAGGAGUUGGAGUUUCUCUACGCCCCCUACAAGCCGGCCAGCAAAGGCACAUUGGCGGAGCGGGCCAAAGCUCUUGGCCUGGAGGAAUACGCGGACCGUUUGCUAUAUGGCACGGCUCCAAAGGUUGAACUAUUUUCAAUAGUUGAUCCAGAAAAUGAGGCCCUUGCCUCAGAAGCCUUGGUGAUGAGUGGGAUCUGUAACAUAAUAAUCCACAACAUAAGCAAGAACACCAAUGUUUUAGAGGAAUUAAGGCGAUUACAAAACGUCCAUAAAGUAUUCCUUAAGUGCAGCAAGACUAAGGAGGCUUCAACCUCAAAGGCAAGUUCAAGCAAAUCUAGUAGCAGUAAAGGAAACAGUACCAUUCACGAUAAGAAGUUGGAUAGCUCCAAGUUCGAGAAUUAUUUCAACUUUCAAGGCGACAUAAAGACCAUCAAGCCACACCAGAUGCUAGCCAUCAAUAGGGGGGAGAAGCACAAGUUUCUUUCUGUCAAGUUGGAGACGAGUGAUUAUCUAAAAUGCGAUCUAACUCGGUUCAUCAACGAUCAAUAUAUGACUGAGGGCCUCCACUAUCCACUAAGACGGGAGAUUUUCACAAAAUCCUUGGAAGAGUGCUAUUCUAAGAAAUUGCAACCUCUGAUGUGCCGCCAAAUUCGGGCUGACCUCAAGGAAAAGGCCCAAAAGGCAGCGAUUGAUGUGUUUGCCAAGAACCUCAAGCAAUUGUUGCUGAUGUCUCCGCUUAAGGGAGAACGUAUUCUAAGUAUCGACCCGGGGUACACGAAUGGCUGUAAACUUGCGGUGAUAUCUGAGACAGCCGAUGUCCUGGAGACAGGGGUCAUCUAUCCACAUGGAGCCAGGUCUAAUAGGCAUGGAGCAGAGAGAACUCUAGUUAACCUACUUAGUAAACACAAGUGCCAAAUUAUCGCCCUCGGCAAUGGCACUGCCUGUCGCGAAACUGAACACUGGCUGACCGAUAUGUUCCAUGCCGGAACCUUGGACAGCCAGCGCAUCCGCUAUAGCAUUGUCAAUGAGAACGGGGCUUCGGUUUACUCUUGUAGCGAUGUGGCUAGCAAGGAGUUCCCCGAUAUGGACACCAACGAACGAAGUGCAGUUUCUAUCGCACGUCGUUUGAAUGAUCCAUUGAGUGAAUACGUAAAGAUAGAACCUCGUCAUCUUGGUGUUGGAAUGUACCAGCACGAUGUUUCGGAAAAGAUACUAACCGAGUCCCUAAAGGAUGUCGUCUCCGAGUGUGUGAGCUAUGUCGGCGUGGACUUGAACACGGCAAGCCUUAGUGUGCUAAAGCACAUUGCUGGCUUGUCCGAAAAGAAGGCUGAGAAAAUCAUCGAGCACCGGCUGAAAAAAGGACCUUUUCAGACCCGAAAGGAUUUGCUUUCCGUGCGUACCAUAGGCGAGAAAUCUUUUGUGCAGUGCGCCGGGUUCGUUCGCAUCGAACCACUCAGCGUGGGAGGCAAACUACAGAACCCUCUGGACUGCACUUGGGUUCAUCCCGAGAGCUAUAAAGUAGCAGAGAGUAUCCUGAGUGAGUGUGAUUUGAAGCUGACGGAUAUUGGCAAGGCUGGCUUCAUAGCUCGGAUCAAGGAGUUUGCCGGCUCCAAGGCAAAGCUGGACAAGAUGGCCAAGCAGCACAAGUUGCCCAUGGAAAGAUUGGACUUCCUAAUGGUGGCAUUGCAACGUGAACUAUUACAAGAUUACCGGGCAGAUCUGGACAAGCGUCCCCUUUUUAAGCAAGGUCUAACCAGGCUAGACGAACUCAGUCUUGGUGAUGUGGUUACAGGUGCCGUGACCAACGUUACCCAGUUCGGUGCUUUCGUGGACGUCGGAGUGGAGCGCGAUGGGUUGAUCCACAAAAGCCACAUGAACAACAGCGAGCUGAGCAUCGGCGACAGGAUCGUGGCUUCGGUCGUCAAAGUGGACUUGCAGCGGAAGCAACUGGGCCUGCGACUGGAAAACAUGCUAAUGGAGACAGACACAUCCUUUACCUUUAAGACGGAAGAGUGAAGAAAACGAGCUGAUCUUGAAUGCUUUUGGAAGUAUUUAAUGAUUCAUAUCGUAAUUGUUUGGGUGCUCACACGAGCGUCAUAUAUACUAUAUAUAGUUCAUAUAUAUAUUCGUGUAUAUGCAUAGUAUAACGGCUUUCCUAAAUGUACUCAAAGCUUAUCAGUUAGUAAUAAAUGUUCACAUAAAAAUCACCGAA